AUGUCUUUUGAUAAACUAGAAAGACCUCACGAUCAUGAUAAGUCAAAAUUCUCUCGGUUCCGAAAAUUGUUUUCACAAUCUUCCUACAUACAAAUAAAAUUAAUGGAACCUACGUUAUAUUUUAAAGGGAAUCCCGAAGAAUCUUUAGGUUGCUUUAUGAGAGGUGAAUUAAUAAUGAAUUUGAAUAAACCUACUAAAAUCAAGCAGAUUGAAAUGAAAUUCUCUGGACGUAUGAAAACAUAUAAACCUCAAUGUAAAACUCUUGGUUCUCGUUCGAAUCACAAUGAUAAUUGUAAAGAAUGUGAAUUAAUAACCUUCCAUUGGAUCUUCCUUUCGCCACCUACAAAAAUCACUCCAAUCCCACCAUCUACAAUUUCUUCAAUUAAGAAAUACCAUUUGUUACCAGCAGGAAUUUAUACUUUCCCUUUUGAAUUAUUUCUUCCUGGUACAUUACCUGAAACUAUUCUUGGAAACGUUUCCUAUAAGCUACGUGCCAAAGUCAUUAGAACAGGAUUAUCUUCUAAUUUUCGAACAUUGCAACAUAUGACAAUCGUCCGUAUAUUAUCCAAUUCUCAGGGAAUAACAAACUCAAGAAAUUGGCAAAACUCGAUGAACCAUGAGAUCGCUAUAUCGAAUAAAGCUUAUUCGACAGGAGAUUCAAUCAAUAUUGACUUGGAAAUGAUUCCACAAGCAAAGGUAGUGCAUAUACUUGGACUAAGAAUCGAAUUGAGUGAAAAAUCCAUUUAUAAAUCACGUGGACAACAAAAUGUAAAGUCAAAGGUAUUGACAACUUAUCAUACGAAUGGUUUUUUUGGAGGGAAUGAAGAAGAUGAUGAAUUUUUGCCGAACGGUAUUCAUUAUCACAAGAAUUUUGUUUUUCCCCUUCCUAAAUGCUCGAAUCAUAUACAUUCAUCUUGGUCUUGGAAAUCAAUAACCAUAUCACAUAAUUUAAAAUUUUAUAUUAAUGUUAAAUCAGCCGUAAUUUCAGAAAAGGCAGGAAUUACGAACAAAUUCAAGAAAGAAAUUAUUGAAAUCGAUAUACCAAUCAUCCUUUUAUUAUGCAAAUGUGCCGAAAAUUCACCGCGAUAUGACAGUUUUUCUAAUCUUGGUCAACUUUACAUGCAUGAUUUACCACCUAGUUACGAAGCAUCUCAAAGUUAUAAUAAUACAUAA